UUAUUACGGAUGCGGAUCAACAAAUAAGAGAGACAGAGAGUGGUUUUACCCGUGAUAAAGAUUUCAGGUAAACACACAAGUCAGCAGGUCAUGGGGUGUGGGACAGUGCAACAGCUCAAACUGCCAAGCAGCACCACAUCCGCAUCGCCGUCGUACUCCGAGGAAUUUCGAAAGAAACUUGCAAAAAUGGAAAGCCAGCAGCAGCAGCGUUUCAAUCAUCGUCGCGGAGCCCGUCCCAGUGUGGGAUAUCUGCUGUUCCAGUACCAGAGCGAGCUGACCCGACGCCAUGCGGAGCCCACGCGGCUGUCCCGCACCAAGAUCAACAUUAUCGAUGGCCUGGUGUCCCGCACCAUACGCCAUCUGAAGCACUGCAGCGUGGAGGAGCUGCAGGCCUGCAAGCGUGAGUUGGUCUACAAGGAGCAGCUCCGGGAACAGCUCAAGGGCGUGCGGAGGCGCCGCACGGCCAGCAACAGCAGCAGCAGCAGCAGCAGCAGCAGCCGAAACAGUUCCCCAGCUCCGAUGGCAAAGCCACCAAGGACACCGCCCAAGCCGCGUCCGCAGGGCGAGGCUCAGACCUCCAAGGUGUCCAUCUUUGGACCCGAGAUAUUUGUCUAACAUUUUCGAGUUCAUUUAAGUGUAAUAUUUUAGUGUUUAAAAGUUCCUUAGUUCGAUUAAUGUUUGACCUUAAUUGUUGACGAUUAAAAAUCAAAGAAAAUGAUGUUGAAUAAAACCAAAAAAA